UCCCCACCUUUUCUCUCUUCGCUUCUCUUUCUGCGGCGUCUCGGUCCCGCCUUUCGAUAAUAUCUGGUCCAUAUACAUACAAGUAUUUUUAUCAAUUCUCAUUUCAUAAAUAAACACAAUUAUUGUCUCUCUCUCUCUCUCUCUUCUCUCUCUCUUUAUUUUUAUUUUUUCUUUUCCAUUUCAACCUAAAAAAUUCCAAUAAUUAUAAUACUUCGAAACUCGUUGCUUUCUGUCUCCAUCGGCCACACAACUUGAUCCGAGAAUGAUCCAAGGUUAAAGAUGCUGUGCUAUGUUUCUUUCAGAGCAAGUAGGCUUUUUUAUAUGCAGUUUUGGGCUCACAAUUGAAUUUCUGGUGCUUUAAGUGGCAACAUUGACUGUAGACUGUAGUAAUUAAUUUGUGUUAUUGGCACUUAGUAGGGAUAUACAUAGCAAAUGCUUACAUACGAGCAAGACCCGGAUGUUAUUCGGUGGGGUCUCGAGCUCUUUGAUGGUGAUCCGUAUUCUAAUUGUGGGACUUAUGGGACUGUUAACCAAGAUGAUGCUAAUUAUUAUCAAGGGCUGUAUUUUAAGCAAGAUGUGUAUGACACUGAUUGUAGAAAUGUAGAAUAUGAUGAACUUUUUGCUCAUGCUCUUCAAGAAGAAUUAUCACUACUUGCAAUAGAGGAAGAGCCUGGAGCUUCACCUGAAGAAGUGGAACAUUUGCAAUUAUCUGUAUUCCCACAAGAUUGGUUGCAGCAAUCUAUUGGAAAUUAUGGCUCUGGUCAGGAGAGUGGCCAGGAAGAGAAAGAUGAUGUAGGGCCUUCUAGUUCAUGUUCUAGCCCAGAUGAAAAGUCAUACUAUGAGGAUGAAUGGUCGUACUCCCUAGAGGUGACGGGAGAGUGCACUUUUGAUGGAGAAGUAGGAAAAAGGCUGAAUCAGAUGGUUCCCGUUCCUCAUGUUCCUAAAAUUAAUGGUGAUAUACCAUCGGUAGAUGAAGCAACUUUAGAUCAUCAAAGGCUUCUGGACAGGUUGCAGUUAUAUGGGUUGAUUGAGCGUAAGGUCCAAGGAGAUGGUAACUGUCAGUUUCGCGCUCUAUCAGAUCAAUUUUAUCGAUCGCCUGAGCACCACGAAUUUGUGAGACAACAAAUUGUGAAUCAGCUUAAGUCGUACCCAGAGAUAUAUGAGGGAUAUGUUCCCAUGGCUUAUGGUGACUAUAUGGAGAAGGUGUCCAAGAGUGGCGAAUGGGGUGAUCAUGUUACUUUACAGGCUGCUGCUGAUUCGUAUGGAGUUAAAAUUUUUGUCAUAACAUCUUUCAAGGACACCUGCUACAUUGAAAUUCUUCCUAAUGUCGAAAGGUCGAAGCGAGUAAUUUGUUUGAGCUUUUGGGCAGAGGUGCACUACAACUCAAUAUAUUCUGAAGGAGAUGCACUCACAUUUGAGACGAAGAAGAAGAAGAAGAGGAGGUCACCAAAUAAAUACCAAUGACUGAUGGGUUCGCUUUUUGUGUGGACUUUGAGGACAGAUACCAUACCAAUGCAUAAAUGCUGCUAUGUACAUGUCUUUCAAUGGAAAUUCUCUGGCACACUCAUAAAUAAAGUGUUUUGCAAUUAACAUGCAAGACCUUUUACCAGUCUAUUAAUCGUUGCUGACUUGUUUGGAGUUCUUUGGCUUCCAUUUCUCUCCAGAAUAGUCUAUAUUUGUGCAGAGUUAUUCUGGGCUUGAGCAUGCAAGUUUUUGUAGUUGCAUGAUUCUGGAUGGCAUUAUGAAUUUUUUGAAAAUCCACGAUACCAGUACUUUCAGAAUUGAGUGGAAAGGAAGAAAAUUUCUUCAGAAUAUGAAAUGGUGGACUGUGCUCUCAACCCCAUAUUUUAAUGUUGGCCUGUGUUAGUUGAAACUUUAAUAUGCUUUCAGUAAGCUUUAUUUGUUGUAUUUCAUAAGGGGUUAGCCUUCUUGUCGAUGUACUGGAGUCCCCUUGUGCAGCAUUAUGGGACACUAAGGAGUUAAUGAGAGAGAUUUGGGAUAGGAGAAGGUGCACAUUCUAUAAUGUCGAUGAGUUUCGUUAUAUACUCGUACAUCACUUAGGUA